AAUACAUGAUGGGUUUGGUUCUUCGGUUAACCGGAUUAGGAACCGAAACCGAACCGAGAAUUUCGGUUCCUCAGAACCAGGAACCGAAAUGGAACCGAAAUUCUCGGUUUCGGUUCGGUUCGGCUCCGAUUCUCGGUUUUUUCGGUUUGGUUCUCGGUUCUCGGUUUUUGUUGCCCGGGGCUACCUGCUUCUGCUUGUUGCUCCGUCGUCCAUCAUAUUCAUGGAGGCGCUGCUGACGCUGCUCUUCAACGCCCUGCUACUGGUGUUCGUGGUCAAGCUCUUCGCCUUGUUCCACAUGAAGCUCGUCGUCAUCCUCCUCUACAUCGCCGUCCUCCUCUUCGCCAUGGCCCUCACCGGCAGAUUCCCCGGUUGAUCCUCAUCCAUCUAUAUAUCACCUCAUGCGUCGUCUUAAUUUCUUUCUUUUUCGCGUUUCUUCAAUUCCAUAUGCAUCGUUCUCCCUUCUCCGUGGCUAGCUACAUCCUAAGGAGAGAGGACCCAACCAAUCCACCCACGUCAAUCUGCUUAUCCGAUCACUUGUACACAUGCAUGCUGUUUUUUCCGAUAUGAAUUUGUAUAUAUAAAUGAAUGGAGAUUUCAGUUAUCUGUAUUUAAUUUCA